UUGGGUGGUGCAGAGCAUCACACUGUUCUCGUUGCAUUCGGUGAUAUUCCAUUCGUGGUACUUGGAGCAAAAGGAGUGGGAAGAAAUCGCGAGGAGGCUGACAGCAACUGUGCUUAUAAUUUGAUUUCACGUUUGCAAGGAUACCUGAAUCGACAAGCUCUAGCUAACAUUCGCAAAAAAUGGGCUGCAGCAGAAUCUGAAGUUGAUGAAGCAGUCGAGGUUUUCCGUUUUAUGGAGGAAAUAGUGAACUCGACACAGUACUGUCAAUUAAAGACGAUUCCUAUUCUGGAACCAGAUCCGCCAGAAAAGGGGUGGGCUCGCCAAUUGCGUAUUGAUCUUCGUAAGAUGUACGAUGAAAGAAGACCAUCGAAUGCUAGCUCGUCCAAAUCAGCAGCUGCAAAUGGUAUAUUCACU